AUGAAUGUAACUACAGUGAGUGGGUACUCUAACAAUUUAGACGAUAAGAUACAUCUUAACAACAAAUUUUUGUCAAAAAUACGUUUCAUAUUGGCUACUGAAUUUGAUAAAUUAUUUUCUGAGAAAGAAGAUUCAUUAAUAAAAUUGGCAGAUAAUAAAAUUGUUCUAAAGCUAAAAGAUUUUGAAUAUUCGCUAAAAGAACGUUUAAACGUUUUGUCAAAUUUUGUACAGGAAAAAGGACAAAAUUCAGUUUUGAAAUUGAUAAGCGAUAAAAAUGUCUUGGACAUUAUAACUUUUAAUGAAAAGCCAAUGGCUAUUUUAGACAAAGUUGAUAAAGAGAAAAACGUUGAAAUUCCGUUUGAUUUAUUUUUCUGCGAUUUUACAAAACAAAUUAAAUAUGGUGCUGUUAUCCUCAACAAAAAAGAUCACAACAAAAGGAUAUUCAAGGAAAGUAAAUUCUUCAUAAAUAUAAAAAUGAAUUCGAAUAUUUUAUUCGAAAAUUUAGGAAAAUUGCUUGAAAAAUCACUUUUCCUUUCUCAAAAAAUUAGACUCCGUUAUUUUUGUAUUGUUUGGUUGAUUUAUUUUGGUAUGAGAGAGGUAGAAAAUAAUUCUAAAAGUUCUUUGACUAGAACAGGCAAAGUUUAUAAAACAUUCGACGAUGGAAGACUUUGUUAUAAUGAUAAUUCCAAGUAUAGCGAGAAUAUAUCUGUCCAAAUAAAAGAGACGGAGACAAAAACACAAAUUGAUUCAAAUAUACCUGUAGCAAUUGUUGAAUUAAUUGAAGAGGUUAAAAUAGAAAGGGAGAAAUUGAAGGAGAUGAAUAAAAAGGAAUUUAAAAAGAGAUGGAAUGAAUAUAUUAUUGGUGAAGUAAAUUACAAACAUAAUAAAGAAUUGAAGGAGAGAUUAGAAGAGGUAAAAAAUGAACAAAAGACUAUUUUGAAAGAGGACUUAAAAGAAUUAAAUAUUAGAAAGGAACAAAUAGUUAAAGAAAUAAAUGAAUGUGAAAUAAAACGUAACAAUUUAAAUUUGUCAAAAAAAUUAAAACAAAAAGUGGAAAAAAGAGAAGAACUAUUGGAAGAAAUAAGAGAUAUAAAAUUGGGAAACAAUAAAGAGCGAAAAGGAAAAUUUAGAAAAAUAACUGAAAUGAUAUUAAAACGAAAAUUUAAAAGGAAUCAAAAGGAAAUCCGGAAAAGAUCUAAAAAGUUUAAUUACAAAUAUGGCAUUGAACGAUUUAGAAAUAGUUUUGAAAUGUUGAAUGAAGAAUAUGACAGUGAAGAUUUAAAUAAGGAAAUCGAAGAGAAUAAUAUAUUUUUAGAUGAAUUACAAGAAUUAGACGAAAAAUAUCCGAAUGGAGAAAUCGGAAAAAUAAAAACUGAAGAAGGUAAAAAAUUAAAAAAAUCCUUAAAGUUAUAUAAGGAUUAUAAGAAAAUAGAGGAGAUUAUAAAACAAUUGGAAAACAAACGUGACAAUUUAGAGGUGUCAAAAAAUUUGAAAAAUAAAAUUAACGAAAAAGAAGAAAUAAUGGAAAAAAUAAAAGAAAUUGAAGACAAUAACUAUAAAGAAAAGAAUGAAAAAUUAGACAAAAUAAGAAAAGAACAAGAGAAAAUAUUGGAGGAGAAGUUAGAAAAGAUAAAAUUUGAAAAUGAUAAAAUUGUUAAAGGAGACCUGGAAGGUGAACGGAAACAAAUGUUGAAAAAAUAUGCUGAUUUUAUUGUUGAAUUAAAAGAGAGAUGGUUUAGAGCACUUUUUUAUCAUGUAUUGGAUAAAGAAUACAAAAGUGAAGACAAAAAGAAUGUUAAAAUUGAAUUAAGCAAGGAAGAAGGGGUAAAAGGAGAAUCAAGUACUAGCCAUAAUGCUGAAACAAAUCAAGAUGAAGGAGAGGAACAUGUUCUUUAUUUUGACAAAAACAGUUUAAUAGGAAAACCAUGCUUACUAAAAGCUUAUGGAAAAGAAAAUGCAGUAAAACUAGUUAAAGGGAAGAAGGAUUCGGCAAUUUUUGUGAAUAUGAACGGUGAAAAUACUACAGGCAAAAUAAAUGAAGGUAAGUUUUUAACGAAAACUGUUCUCUUCAUUUUCACGCCGCAAGCGAAAAGUUUGAGAAUUUUGGAAGAACAAGUCACCAGAUUUCUUCCUUUUUAG